AGCUGAUCUCGUGUAAAAGAUGUUCUCGCGGUUGAGCAAAAACAGAAGUGGACCACACCAUGAAUUUUUUGUGUAAGCAUCGAAAUUCCACUCUCUGUAUCUAUAUUCAUGGUCAUCACUCUUCUCUUUUAGAAGACCUUGACUCAGGAAAUAAACAUCUUUAAAUUUCGCUGCACUGGGAAUUAACAAGCAACAACAAGAACUUGCCAUAUAUGAUGAACUUAAACAUGAGCUUAGCUAUUACAACUCUGAUGGUAUGGAUUACUACCGUCCUUCCUUCCUAUGUUGCAUCUCAAGUUACCGCAACUACCUCAGCAACAGCAUUGUCACUGGAACAAGAAGCGAAGGCUAUACUCCAGAGUGGUUGGUGGAGUAGCUACAGCAACGACACUUUGCAGCGUUGCAACUGGACAGGUAUCUCAUGCAACGAUGCUGGAAGCGUCAUCGAAAUUAACCCACCUUCUGACGUUAUUAAGGUUGGUGAUAAAUUCAAGAAUAUGGACUUCUCUUCCUUUCCAAAUCUUGUUUUUCUUAGUCUUAAUCGUCAUGAACUCAAUGGGACCACGGAGGAUUUUGUGAUCAACAUAAGUAGUCUGUCAAGAUUAACGCAUAUCAACUUGUUCUCGAAUUAUUUAUAUGGUAGGUUAUCUCCUCGGCUUGGCAAUUUCACCCGAUUAGAGUAUCUUGAUUUUUCUUCUAACCAAAUCAAUGGAUCCAUCCCAGUCGAAAUUGGAAAGUUAAAGAAUUUGGUGACUCUCGAUCUAUCUGAUAAUAAGUUAUUUGGUUCAAUUCCUUCUACUCUAGGUAAGUUAACCAAUUUAGAGACCCUGUAUUUGUUUUGUAACUCACUUAAUGGUUCCAUUCCUUCCACUCUAGGUGACUUAACCAAUUUAGAGAUCCUAUAUUUGUCUUAUAACUACCUUGAUGGUUCGAUUCCUUCCACUCUAGGUAAGUUAACAAAACUGCAAUCUAUUCAGCUUACCGCAAAUCUAAUCCAAGGUUCCAUACCCAAGGAAAUUGGAGACUUGGAAGCACUAACUUCAUUGCAGCUCUCUCAAAAUCUAUUGAGUGGACCCAUUCCGCAUCAAAUUGGCAAUUGCUUCAAGUUAAAACUGUUGAACUUAAGCAACAACAAUUUACAAGGGCUCAUUCCUAAUCAAAUCAGCAAUAUUUCGUCACUAGACCGAGUAGAUCUUAGAAACAAUGAUUUCUCGGGUGUUGUUCCUUAUAAUUUUCUUGAAGCAAUGUAUCAUCACCCAAAUAUUAGCUGUUAUAGAAUAGAUGCUGAGAUAUUUGGUGGCCACAAAAAUUUAGCAACCUACUCCUGUUCUCCAGUGAAGAAGAGUUACAAUCUCCAAAUAUUUCUACCCCUUGCCUCGUUCGUUGCUCUCUUUCUUCUCGGGUGUUUAUUAUUAUUGUGGAGGCAUAAGGUAAAGGUCAACCCAACCAGUGUACUACAAGCCACUAAGAAUGGAGACCCGUUCUCGAUGUGGAACUACGAUGGAAAGAUUGCUUAUGAAGACAUCAUAGCAGCAACAAAUGAUUUUGACGUUCGAUACUGCAUUGGAACUGGUGGUUAUGGAAGUGUCUACAGGGCACAGCUACCGAGUGGCAAAGUAGUUGCCUUGAAGAAGCUUCAUCGUCUUGAAGCUGAGGAACCGGCUUUCGAUAGGAGUUUUAGAAAUGAGAUCAAAUUCUUAACAGAAGUUCGACAUCGAAACAUUGUGAAACUGCAUGGGUAUUGUCUACACAAACGAUGCAUGUUUUUGAUUUAUGAAUACAUGGAAAGGGGAAGCUUGUUUUUCAUGCUAAGUGAUGAUGUUCAAGCUGUGGAAUUGGAUUGGGCAAAAAGAGUGAACAUUAUCAACAGCACGGCUUAUGCUUUAUCUUACUUGCAUUUUGAGUGCACACCAAUAAUAGUUCACCGAGACAUCUCAAGUAACAACAUUCUGUUAAACUCGGACUUGGAGGCUUUUGUCUCUGACUUUGGGACUGCCAGAAUCAUAGAUCCUGAUUCUUCAAAUCAAACAAGGAUUGUUGGCACUUAUGGCUAUGUAGCUCCAGAACUUGCCUACACAAUGGUUGUAACUGAAAAAUGUGAUGUUUAUAGUUUUGGAGUUUUGGCAUUGGAAACGUUGGCUGGAAAGCAUCCUGCUGAAAUUUUGUCUUUGUUGUCAGCACCAUCUUCUUUGCAAAAUAUGAUGUUAAUUGAUGUGUUAGAUCCACGUCUCUCACCUCCAACAAGCCAGCUAGUCGCACAGAAUAUUGUUCAUGUAGCUACCAUAGCAUUCGCAUGUCUGCAAGCUGAUCCAAAAUUACGGCCAACAAUGAAACAUGUCUCACAAAUGUUCCUUUCUUGUCAAAGAUCAUUAAGCAACCCCCUCCGAACAAUCUCUUUGCUGCAACUUGUGAACUGUGGAAUGCAUAUGGAAGGAUCAUGUCAAGCUCCAAAAUGAUACUGCCAUUAUUAGGACAAGUGUCUUGUUGUUUUUGUAAACUGAUUAAUAGGAUGCAUUUCUGGUUUCAACCUUUUCUUUUCUAUCUUUGGUCCUUACUUUUUGAUAUUUCCUCUUUCAUAUU